UGGUUUCCGUCUUUAGUUUGUGCCCCAAACAGGAUGCAUGAGCAUGAAUGUUAGUCCCAGACCCACGCCACUUGUUUUUGGCUACGAAUAGACAACCACACAUUCAUCAUAUUUCACCCCCAAAGCUCCCAAGGACCUUCUGGAUGUCAGUUAAUUUGUUGCUCUCUAUGGCAGUUAUGUUGUGGAUUAUUCUGCUGCAGCUCAUCAACAGCUUUGAGGGUUUAUCUGGAGCUGAACAUGACACAUUAUGUACCUCAAACGCUUGUUUCACCUUGAAUAUGGACAGAAGGAGCUUUAAGGAUGCUCAACAGAACUGUGACCACAAUGGAGGUUAUCUGAUGACAGUCAGAGACAAAGAAGAAGAGGAUGUGCUGCGCUCGCUUCUCUCACAGAUCCAAAGACAACGUCAUGACAGGGUGUUUAAAUUUUGGAUUGGAUUAAAACUGCACAGAGGGGACUGUGUGUGGCCUGGCAAGACUCUGAGGGGGUUUAGGUGGGUAUCUGGGGAGGAAGAUUCCCACUACUCCAACUGGGAAAAAGAACCCGUCAUCACAUGCACUGAGGAGAGAUGUGUUAAAGUUAAUUAUACUGCAUCAGGUGAGGGUCAACUGAAAUGGACUUCUGGACCUUGUAAAAGCCCUGCUUUUUAUGCAUGUAAGUUUUAUUUUAAAGGGAUGUGUAAACCUUUGGCUCUAUCGGGGCCUGGACAAAUCACCUACACAGCGCCCUUCUCGGAAGAGCCUCAAAGAAGUAAAAUGCAAUCAUUUCCGCUCGGAACAUAUGCUGUUAUUUUAUGUGGUGAACAACAGUCUCAAUAUGCUGUGUGCAAAGGGAUGGACGACACAUAUCGUUGGACUGAACCUGGUCCGUUUUGCAAAACAGAGAAGCAAAAUUGCACAAUAAACAAUGGCGAAUGUGAACAUUUGUGCCACCACGAUGCAGAUGAGGUUCAAUGCUUUUGCAAAGAAGGUUACGACCUGGAUGAUGAUGGACUCAGUUGCAGGAUAAAAGACUUGUGCGGUGUUGACACCUGUGAGCAUCAGUGCGUAAUGAGGGAGUCUGGGUAUUCCUGUGAAUGUCCAGAUGGGCUCCAACUAGAUGCAAACCAGCGCAGCUGCUCUGAUAUUGAUGAGUGCCAGUCACAAGCCUGUGCGCAUCAUUUGUGCAUAAAUACGCACGGCAGUUACACAUGUGUGUGUGAAGUAGGCUACGAAAUGGUUGAUGGUAAAUGCGUGGAUAUGGACUGCACGCACACAAGAUGUGAGCAUAGAUGCUUGAUCAGUUUGGGAUCUUUCUCUUGUUCCUGCAACGAGGGCUUCACUUUAUCUGAGGAUGGCUACUCUUGCGUAGAUAUUAAUGAAUGCGUCAGUAAUCUCUGUCAGUUCAAAUGUGUCAAUACUGUAGGCAGCUUCUUGUGCACCUGCCCACAAGGCCUCCACAUGGAAAAAGAUGGAUUGACCUGUGCUCCAAAUAUGACAGAAACCUCAGCUGCUUCCUCAGAUGACCUAGCUGAGGGGGAAACACUAGUAGACGAGUAUUUAACCAGAACCACAGUUGGUCUCCAACACCAGUCCCCUCACACUGACGCACCGCUUCCAGACCUGGUGAACGUUACGCACAAUGAUCAGCAGAGAAAUGUAUCUUUGGUGACAGGUUUUGCUAAGACAGUGAAUUCAAAGGUGCUCAUCUGCAUCCUUGGUUCAGUCAUUCCUCUGCUGCUUUUAGUCGCAUUGACUCUGGCUAUUGCAAUUUUUCGAUGCCAUCGCUCCAAAAAAGAAGCCAAGAAAAAUACCAGUACAGAUGGCUACUGUUGGGUGUCUUCUGGUUUGGAUCCACGUUUAGAGAAACUAUAUGAGUCCAUUUUGACUGAUGACCUAUGACCUGAUAGUGGUGGAGAAGACUGUCUACGUGGAUUGUUAUCCUUAUUUAUGUAAUUUAUGUUUUGCA